AUGUUACCCCCGCCGAAGCAAAGCUUUUCUUUCGUUCCCCGCAGCCCUGACGGCCCUGACCGCAUUGCCGUUGCCAUAUCGACACAGUUGAUUGAGGUUCCAUGGAAACCAACGUGUCCCUGCGGGGGUUUGUUUACGCAGAACCUUAGUCUUGAAUUUUCCACCGUCCUAAAUAGCCGUUUCGCAAAUGCUAACCAAGAAGGAAAAGCUGCUCAUCCGUCCGUGGCAGAUGCAGCGCUACAUUAACCACCGGAUCAAGGUGGUAACGGCCAUGCCGGCCAUCGAUUUUCAUCCCCCGCCGGAGCGAAUCCACAUCGCCCAGAAGCUGAAAAAGCAGCAGAAGGAGCUGGAACGCAAGGAGAAGAUCGAGCAGGAAAACAUUCGCCUACUGCAGCGUCUCGGGGCGAUCAUGAGCAAGAAGCGGCUGGAUAACAUCUGGACCUACACCCGACCAAACUUUCUUCGGCGUGAAAACAUCUACCCCAUCCGUCCAAAGACUACCCCUUCGGACGCUUCCUCCGGCUAUCGUCGAGCGUCGUCCGCCAAACCGUCGAUGGGUGGUGGAAACCUUUCCUCCAACGCCACCGUGUCACCGCUGACGGGCUGGAUCAAAUCGAUCCGCUGCAGUGCCUGCAGUGCGCCGGCCCGUGUGGCCAUCCAGCUGAACCAGAUCGCUCCGGAGGGUCGUAUCCCGUGGGCUCCGCAGCGCAAAACCACCAACCGGAAGUUGCUGCAGGAGGCUGAAACGGAACAGCACGAAUGUUGUCGAUUCUGCUGCUGCUAGAGUUAGUUGUUUCGCGUUACUUUUCGAGCACGGACAUCACCAUCACCACCCCCCCUGCCCUGUGUGCUGUUGUGUGACCAAAUAUGUAGCUGCACCACAAAAAGAAAGCCAGAGCGCGUGGAAGAGAUUUGUUUACAAUCGGGCUUGUAUUUUCAUCACUCCUUUCCGACGGAAAAUAAACACCACACCACCACACUCGCACUUCACUUCAGCGGAAUAAAACGGGAGCUGUGGGUAGCACCGAUACCGGGGCGACCGUGCUUGACCGGCUUGUAGGUCAU